AUGUCCGGAGGGACCGAGGCUCCCUCCUCUCACGAGGGAGACGAAAACGAGGACAAGGAGGAGGAGGAGGAAGAAGAAGAUAACCCUCCUCUCCAAGGGAAAAAGAGGGCGGCCUCCGCAGACCUGGAGGCGAGGGCGUCUAAGUGGGGAAAGUUAUCCCUUUCAGAUGACUCGGAUUCAGACACCGAGGAUAUCCCCAAGCCCCGCCCCAGGACCAAGACCCUUGCUGAAUCUUCGGCCCGCGAUCUCCCUCAACAAUCCUCCUCGUCAGGGGAUUUGUCACCGGAGAUGAUGGAGAGCGAGACGCCUCCGCAAGCUUCACUGUUAGCGGCAACCGCCCAGGCCGCGGAGGCUUCCGAACUGAAACGGCAACUGAAGCAGGCCGAUGAGGACAUUUUCCUUAUUAACAAGCGGCUCGACGAGGCACAAGAUGGCGCUGUUGAGGUCGAGACCCUCAGGUGUGAACUUUCCCGGGCCAAGGAGCAGGCGAGAGUGAGCAAUGCGGCCGCUGAUAAAGCGGCUGCAGAUUUGAAGGCCGAACAGGCCACCCGGCGCCAGGUCGAGGAGAGGGUAUCUCUAGUAGAGCAAGAGCUCAAGGAUGCCACCCGCAAGUGCAAGUCCCUCGAGGAGGAGAACAAAUCCAAGGCAACCAAGCUCGCCAAGGCCCUUGAGGAUGCCAAAGAGGCGCGGUCCGAAUCUAGAGCGGCUCACGAGGAGGUCCGGCAGGCCGGACAGAUAGCGGCUGGUAAGCCCUUUAUUUUACAGUCUAAGUUUGGCGAUCAGAGAUAUGCCUUGCUUAAUAGACUGUGGAGUUCUCCAGAUGCUUUUGCGGAUCUUCCGAAGAGUGCCGCCGACGCCGCGCAAUUCUUCCAGGCUCAGGAGGGACAUGCGACGGAGAAGCUGUUCUGGUCAUAG